UUUCUCUGUUUUCCAGGAGCACACUGAAGCCACAUGAGUUGCAUCCCCUGCCCUGCCGCGCCGGGCAGCCAUGACCACGGCCAUCCUGGAGCACCUGAGCACCCUGUCGGUGAGUGGGCAGCAGCUGCGCCGCCUGCCCAAGAUCCUGGAGAAUGGGCUCCCUAAGAUGCCCUGCACCGUCCCCGAGACGGAUGUGCCCCAGCUUUUCCGCGAGCCUUACAUCCGCACCGGCUACCGCCCCACGGGACACAGGUGGCGCUACUACUUCUUCAGCCUCUUCCAGAAACACAACGAGGUGGUCAACGUCUGGACCCACUUGCUGGCGGCCCUGGCCGUCCUCUUGCGAUUCUGGGCGUUCGCCGAGGCCGAGGCCUUGCCGUGGGCCGCGGUCAGCACCCUGCCCCUGCUGCUGUACGUGCUGUCCUCCGUCACGUACCUCAUGUUCAGCGUGCUGGCCCACCUGCUGCAGUCGCAGUCGGAGCUGUCCCACUACACCUUCUACUUCGUGGACUACAUCGGCGUGAGCGUGUACCAGUACGGCAGUGCCCUGGUUCACUUCUUCUACACCUCGGACCAGGCCUGGUACGAGCGCUUCUGGCUCUUUUUCUUGCCCGCAGCUGCCUUCUGUGGCUGGCUGUCUUGCGCAGGCUGUUGUUACGCCAAGUAUCGCUACCAGAGGCCUUACCCAAUCAUGAAGAAGGUAUGUCAGGUGGUACCCUCGGGGCUGGCCUUCGUUCUAGACAUCAGCCCCGUGGCGCACCGGGUGGCCCUGUGCCACCUGGCUGGCUGCCAGGAGCAGGCCGCCUGGUACCACACCCUCCAGAUCCUCUUCUUCCUGAUCAGCGCCUACUUCUUCUCCUGCCCGGUCCCUGAGAAGUACUUCCCGGGCUCCUGUGACAUCGUGGGCCACGGCCAUCAGCUCUUCCACGUGUUCCUGUCCAUCUGCACACUCUCCCAGCUGGAGGCCAUCCUCCUGGACUAUCAGGGGCGGCAGGAGAUCUUCCUGCAGCGCCACAGUCCCCUGUCUGUCUACAUGGCCUGUCUGUCCUUCUUCUUCUUGACCGUCUGCAGCACGGCCACUGCAGCCCUCCUGAGGCACAAAGUCAAGGCCAGGCUGACAAAGAAAGAGUCCUGAGCCUGGCAGGUGGGGCGAGCUGUGGAGGCACCCCAUUGCCAUGGGGGCAAAGUAAGAUACAAAAACAGGAGUUGGCUUUUUGUUUUUAAGAGUUGGCUUUUACAUUAAUACGUAUUUCCAAGGAUAGGCUAUGGCCAUGGCCUUGGGAAACCAAAGGAUUCAAGAGUUGUGUUGUUAUAGUUGUUAAUAAAAGGAGUGUUCCUUUUCCGUCUAGGUCAUAGCCUUUCAAGACACAAGAAAGGAAAGGACCUUGGCUAAGAUUCAUGGGACACUGAAUUAAGGACCAUGUUCAUACCCGAAAAUUCAGUAGCAUUCUGACUGUGGCCUCCAGGGUCAAGUCCUGGAGCUGAAGGGAUGAUAAACUUAGACUGGAAAACAAGCAGGUGGCUGGUCCACACCAUAUUGGAACGGCCAUCCUACUAUGCUGGUCUUUGGUAAUUGAAUAAAUUGACCCGAGGACCCAAUUUCCUUCAGAUUUCAGAUCGUCCAGGGUGGAGAAUUCAGAAUCUUCAAGAUUCAGUGAAACCCUCAGACAAUGAAUUAUUCAGUUCAUCUGACUUCUGAUCUCUCCUCUCUCACCCACUCUAACCCUGACCCUUUUCUCAGGAUGGCAUCUCUCUGGCUAUUUUCUCUGAAGUGCUGUUCACUCCCAUCCAUACCUUGGUAGUAUACAGGACUGUGAAGUAGUCAUACUUUCAGUAACUGCUUGGAUCCAUGUGGAUGGACAUCCAGGAAGCUUAUUCUCAUUUAAUACUAAUGCAAACGGUACUAGAAAGUACAGUGCCAAGAGCCACCAGGGGGCCCAGACAACAAGCAUGGAUACUGUUUGGGCUCAUGGGACCCUUCUGUCAUGUACCUGUGGACUGGAGGAUUACUUGAGACCUAUUAGGGCUGCCUUAUAGGCCAGAAGAUCUGGGGCUUGCCCCAGGGAAUCUUCUCCAGAUUUUGACCAGCGUGUUCAAAAAGCCCCGGGUAGAGUGAAUUGGUUCUAAGGGUCCCUCUAGGGAUCUAAUUAUUUCAAGAGGAACCCAAGGUCCAGCCUUUUAAAUCUAUGCCACCCUACAAAGGACUCACAUAACUACCCCAGUUCAGGGUCCUCAGGCAGGCACUUAGCCUCAACUUAGAGCUGAACUCUUAAAAUAAACUCCAGGACAGGUGGGGGUGUGUGCUCACUUCGGGUUGGUCCCUGAAGGCUGCUUUGGGUAAGAAUGGUGAACGGGCACCCUGGAGCUACAAUGUUCUGUUUAAGACAUCACUGCCCAGCAGCUUCUGUGGGGUCGGUGGUACUUGCCAUUGAUGUGUUCUGGCCAUGCAGCCUCUCUGAGGACCAGCUCUGCACUAAUCCAGUGAAAGGGGCUGCGUGGACCCAGGAGCCGUGGGAGCCUUCUCCGAGGCUGCAUUUCCUGUCAGCGUAAGGUUCCUAUUUACCGAUAAGGGAAGUGGUUUGUUUUCACUCCACUUUGACGAACGUCUUCUAUCACUAGAUUAUCUUGUUGUCUUCAAAUCUUUGUUCUUUCUUUCUUUCUCUGAGAGAUUUGUGGAUUUUGUGCCUUAUAAGUGGAAAUGUAUGAACACUCCUUAAUAUAUGGCCAUGUGGAAUUUGCAGUUUGGGAUAUUGGGAUAAGAAAGGAUUCAUUGAUUUUCAAUCAGUGGAUGAAGGAUUGUUUAUCAAUCAAAAGACUCUUUGAACCUGCUUAUUUUGGAAGAGGGAGGAGGAGUGGGAGGAAGAAAAAAAUUCAACUGAAGCUUUCCUAUAAUCUUUAUAUCAACAAAAUGUAUGUCUUGUCCGCUACGUAGCUUUCCUAGAUGGGCGCCUCUAUUAAUCCUCAAGUACGUGAACUUCUGUGCUACCCAAGUGUCUUACACAAGCUUCUGGUGUCUAGGCCAGAUUCACCACAAAUAAAGUUAGCAAACUGAAUUGGGCUGAACUGAGCAAGGGCAUGGGUGAGUUGUGCAGACACAUUACAAGUACACGGUCAGUUUAAAACGGGGAAUUGAGUGAGCUAGAGAUGUUCAUUAGUAUGGAUUCAAAGGCCAUUUUCUUUUCAGCAUUGGAAGGAAGAUGUAAGUCAGGCUCUUGAAGGUAACUGUGGUGGUCAUGGUGGUGGAGAUCUUUAGGCCAAAUGCAGGUCUUGUUUCAAGGGAGACAGCAGGAGUUAGAGCAGUGGUCUCCAAAUGUAGACCAGUGCCAGCCUGCACACUGUCAGCGGUCUGUAACAAGGUAAGAACAAGAGAGACGAAACUUGUAGAUAUUGCCAUCAAAUUUUUCGUUUAAUUUACACAAGUGUUGGUCCCUCAAGUGACUGGAAAAUUCUUAAGUGUUUUCACCAGAGAUAUUUGAGAAGCACUGAGGUAAGGGACUGCAUUAGCAAUAUGCAGAUGUUUUUAACUACUCAGACUUUUGAGGGAUUAAAUACUCAUUUAAGACAUUUGCAUUAAAAUGAGCGGAUGGGUAAGGAACAGACCUAGUUUGUUUAAGAGGAAUAAUUAAGUAUUCAAUAAAGGAGCUGAUUACCUUUCUCUACCACACCCCCUCCAACAGUUGACAUCUACUGGAAAUUCUGCUCCUUACCUCUUUCUUUUUUAAACUAAUACUUUCAACUUAUGAAAAUGUAAAUGCCUCUGAAAAAACGAAACUAUCAGUCAUUGACAUCUUGUGAAUAAAAAUUCUGAUGGAUUUAUAUCGGGUCCUACUCAAAGCAGGGUGAGGGGAUAGUGGGACACACCAGACUGGGGACACAUUUGCCCAUUUCCCUCUUGUCUAGUACUUCCUGACCUAUCCUGAAUUAACAAGCUGAUGUUGAAACUCUUCAGACGUUAGGGUUUCAUUUCACACCUUGGCUGAAAGUACCUCAUUCAAUAACGUUCUCAAUCCUUUACUGGAAACUUGAAAAAUAGCAGGAGCUCAGGCCACAUGGUGAAGGUCGUUCACGCCUGCCUGUGUUUCCCACCCGUUCGCAGAUUGUACCUUAAUGCUUAAAACCAUUGGGUUCUUCGGUUGCUGCGCUGUAAUUUCAAGUAUGCCCCACAGAGGGUACUCAUGUCUUACUCAGAGAGGGCCUAGCCUUGUCUGUCCUCAAGGUCUCAGCUGUUGUGUUGGACCCAAAGUUUUGCUUGAUUGCUCGGCAAGGAAAAAUUGGAACUAUUUUCUGUUUAUAUAAAUCUACUUACAGAAAUGACUAUUAAACUGAUUUUGUAUAUGGA